AGAGGAAGAUUGAUGGGCUCAUCCCUCUCUCUAUCCCCCCUCCCCCCGAGCCGCGUGAAGCUGGGAAACGGAAGGAAGUCGGAGCUCGACGUUGAAUCCUCCGGUUCAUGAGAGAGUUGUCCGAUCGUCUCUAUCAACUGAGCCUGAGAGUGUGCAAGUAGAGAGAUCAGAGGGUUUCGGAGCGAAAAUCCAACCGAUCGUCGUCGUUUCUGUUUGAUUAGGGGUUUCAAGGAUCGAUCAUGGAGACAGCUGGUAAUAGGGUUCCUUCAGCGUCCACCGCUGGUGAUUCCAGGAGGUAUCUCUCCAUCUUCACCGCAUCUUCACUCUUCCCCGCUCAAUUCUCUACGUUGUUGGAGUAUUCGGGUCUGCUAGGUUCAAGCUCCACUCAUGGUCCCGAGGCCGACAGCCUCGUACCGGCGGUCUCCGCUUCUCCGGCUCAUGUUCCCGGUGGUACCUCCGAAGGAGAAGUCUCCAUAAGGAUAAUGGGUUCAGAGGCGGAGAGGAACCCGAACCCCGAAGUUUCCGCCACCGUGGUUAUUGGGGAGACCGAUAACUUGUCCUCUCGGGCAGAUGAGGAUGAGAAUGGAGGAGCUCAAGCUCAUUCGGAAGCGGGAAAUGGUAGCGGCAGGGAAUCUUCUUACCAGAGAUACGAUAUCCAGCAAGCCGCCAGGUGGAUCGAGCAAGUCCUUCCCUUCUCCUUGCUUCUCUUGGUCGUCUUCAUCAGGCAGCAUUUGCAGGGGUUCUUCGUCACUAUCUGGAUCGCUGCUGUCAUGUACAAAUCUAACGAUAUCCUCCGCAAGCAGACAGCCCUUAAGGGAGACAGGAAGACAUCUGUUCUGGUUCUGAUCUCGGUGGCUUUCUUUCUUCAUGUUGUUGGAAUUUACUGGUGGUUUCACAAUGAGAACAUGCUCCAUCCCUUGAUCUUGCUUCCUCCUAAAUCAAUUCCGCCCUUUUGGCAUGCGGUCUUCAUCAUAAUGGUAAAUGAUACUUUGGUCAGGCAAGCAGGGAUGGUCUUGAAGUGUCUUCUUUUAAUCUAUUACAAGAACAGUAGAGGUCGAAGCUACCGUAAGCAGGGUCAAUUGCUAACCGCAGUUGAAUAUCUGAUGCUGCUUUACCGUGCCUUGUUACCAACUCCAGUAUGGUACCGUUUCUUCUUGAAUAAAGAAUAUGGGAGUCUUUUCUCAUCAUUGAUGACAGGGUUGUACCUAACGUUCAAGCUCACUUCUGUUGUUGAGAAGGUGCAAUCCUUUUUUGCUGCCUUGAAGGUGCUAUCUUGCAGGGAUGUGCACUAUGGAGCUUAUGCAACCUCUGAGCAGGUUCAUGCAGCAGGAGACAUAUGUGCCAUCUGCCAGGAGAAGAUGCAUACGCCGGUUCUCCUGAGCUGUAAACACAUUUUUUGCGAAGAUUGCGUGUCGGAAUGGUUUGAGAGGGAGAGAACAUGCCCACUGUGCAGGGCAUUGGUCAAGCCUGCAGAUAUAAAGUCAUUCAGUGAUGGAUCAACAAGCCUGUUUUUCCAGAUCUUCUGAGGAAAAAAAAGACACAUUCUUUGAAACCCUUCCGACAGUUGAAUCUGGAAUCUGGAAUCUGGACUAAGGGUACAACGAAGCUGUCUAUAUGUUUGUUGUUAUUAUAUAUGGAUGAUAUUGGAAUAUGCUUGUGGCGGUUAAUGGGAUCACAGUCACUAAGUGUAGAGGAAGUUUAACUGAGCAUUGGAGUUGGACAUACCUGUAAUAUGUAUUAACUGCUUAUCGCUUAUGAUAUAUAUAUACACACAUAUCUCAGAGGUUUUAA